AUGGCUUCGCGCUUGGAUCGAGAGCUACCUUCGUGCAAAGCAAUUUCUCGCCAGGCCCUUCGCGACAUUAUCACUGGUCAUUCACUGAGAGAGUGGAAAAAGCAGCGAAAAGAAAGAAAACGUCAAGCGCAGGCGGAAGAGGCUGCAAGAGCCAUUGCAGCUGGCGUUUCGGCCUCGCGACUUCCUCUUCACCCUUCGUUUGCGCCUCCUCAUUUUGCAGCACCUUACCACUCAUAUGCUGCCUCUCACACCACCCUCCCACAAGUCCUCAACCACCCUCCGGGAGUCCCUCCGCUCAUGAUGGGAAGUUCGGCCGACGGCAGUAAUGCCAACAACCAGACUCGCGGCAUACUCAAGCCCGAGGCUCAACGCUUCCAUAGCGGCAAUCCUCAACUUCCACCAUGGCAAGGUGUGCCUCCGCAACAACCAUAUCCUGGCGGUCCAAUGGCUCACGGCUUCUAUCCACCACAAGCUACUUAUCCCGCUCAAAAUGCCUAUGCCCCACAUCCUGGCUACCCACCGCAGACCGGCUACCCGUCUCAAAGCAUCUAUCCGCCACAACAUGGCUUUGCCAACCAGAACGGCUACAUGACGCCAAAUCCACUUCCUACUCCAAUGAAUCCGCAGUCUACGUACGGAACGGUCAUGGCGCCGGGUCCGACGCAGCCGCCAGGUGGAUGGCCUCACCAAAACCUGCCUCCUGGAGCACGAGCUGUCAGCCCACCACGAUAUCCCACUGCCGAAGAUCUCAAGUACAAGUGCGCCAUCUGUGGUCGGUUCCGCUCAGCAAUCUAUCACUUCGAACAUCCACUACCUGCAGGUCAGAUUCCGCCAAGCACUGUCUGUCGUAGAUGCCGUCAUGCCUCGACCGACUCUGAGAACGACAGCAUCGCCGACUCACGUGAGUCUCACCGCCAAAGUCGAAGCCGUCGCCGAUCAUCUAGUGUGCGCAGUGCGCGACGAAUUGAGUCAGUCGGACCAUUUCUGGGGAGGACUCCGAGCCGCCGAGGUCGCACGUCCUGCCGAGACUACAUUCCUGGAGACACCUACUAUGACGACGAGAAUCGCCGUACACGUUCCAUAUCGAGAUCGACUUCGGUCGACUCGAUUGUCCGUCCGAGCUCCAGGGCGGGCUCUGGACGCAGUGUCAUUCGUCAUGUCCAAGUUGAAGAGCCUGUCCACGAAGAGCUAGUCGUCGUUAGACGCCCUCGCCGAGUCCGCCGGGUAACAUAUGUGGAUGAUGACGAUUAUGACGAUGGAUACGAUGAUCACUAUAGUAACAGUCGUGGCAGAGGUGUCUCGCAGCCACUCAUCGAUACAUCCGAGCACCGACUCCAGCCCCACGUCAUGUGCGCAGACAGCGAUCCGAUCCUGGCCUUGCUACUCCUGAGUUCAAAGAUCAAGCCAGCUACUUCGAAAAAGCAAUGCCUCGUCGGUCUGACUCGAGACGCCGGGAUCCUUCUUGGCGACGCGAUUCACACCAACAAGACUACGAUGGAUCGGGACACGAGGAUGAUUGGUAUGCCAACGCACCGGCCCGUCAUUCCGGCAGAUCUGGCGACCGAUAUGCUAGCUAUGGGCGGGCUUCAGAGCGCUCUAUUACUCCCCCUCGCUACGUUUCGCGCGGCCAAGAAGAAGCUACAAUGCGCAGCGCUAGAGACCAUACUGGCAAUGCCUCCUCAUCUCGUCACAUGGAACGUCCUAGAUCUCGCAGUCGCAGUGUUCAUCCUCCGGCACCUGCACCUCCGCGUCGAGAGUAUGAUAGCGCAAAAACUAGCGACGACUAUUUGA